UGACCUCAGUGACCCAGUGAGAAUGUAGCAGUGUUGAGCAGCUUGUGUGCUGCAGAGGAGUGCAGAUUAGAUCAACACACUGAUUUAUAUCAUGAUCAUGAUGAUGAUGAUGAUGAUGAUGAAUGUGAUAUUUCCUACAUGUAGCAUGGUAAUGUGUAGAGAGCUGUAGGAGUAUUUUGCAUUCAUCAGUCCCUGGUGUCAUGUCAUGCCAGUUCAACUUUCACUUUUAACAUGUGUUCACUCCCCUUGAAAUGCAUUCAACAUGGUGCACAUAAUCAUAUCGUGAUCAUAUCUUUAUCUGUUUGUUCUUCUACAGGACAGCCUGGAAGCUUCGUGGUGCGGUUUGCAAUUUGUAAUUCGCCUGUAAUAAUUAUAUGAGCUCAGAUCAUUAUUCAAACAACUGUAAUUCAGAGUAUUGUUUUUUAAAAAAUGUUAAAAAAUUUGUACUGUUCUGUUUACGCUUUACCGGCUGAGCAGGUAGCUCCAUCCCAGCCUUUUUCCCCCCUAAAAGGCUCACAAGGAAUAUGAAACAGUAAGAAGAGAGGCACUGGAGUCAGUUCGAGAGAACGGGGUGAAGGUGUCAGGGGUUUCACUGCAAUUCACGUUCACCUUUUCCUCAGUAUGAGUCGAGAUGGAUGGAGAAAGAAAGCCAGUGAAGGUGAUGGUUGGGGAGGAAGGGGGGGCUACAUGGCUGCUAAGGUCACUAAGCUGGAGGAGCAGUUUAUUCGGGAUGCUCCCAGGGAGAAGGAAAAACAGGGGACCUCAUCAAGCAUCUUCAGUGGUGUGGCUAUCUAUGUUAAUGGAUACACAGAGCCCAGUGCGGAUGAAUUGCGCAGACUAAUGAUGCUACAUGGAGGACAGUUUCAUGUGUAUUACUCGCAUAGCAAAACUACGCACAUCAUCGCCACCAACCUGCCUAAUUUCAAAAUAAAGGAACUGAGAGGGGAGAAAGUAGUACGUCCAGAAUGGAUCACUGACAGCAUAAAGGCAGGGCGGCAACUCUCAUAUCUGCAAUAUCAGCUAUAUGCAAAGCAGAAGGGCCUAAACUUUACCAGUGUGCGACCUCGGCAAGUGCAGGAGCAAGCUGGGUCCGGUCAAGGGCCAUCCCAGUUCAACCUGAACCUACCACAACCAAGCAACCUCCAUAAUUUCUCAAACCCAGCUCUCACGGUUACUCAAUCAGUGCAAUCCAAAUCUACAGAGAAAACCAGUCAGCAGAUGGUAAACAGACUGAAUGGCUCACAUCUAAGUUUCUCUAAGGAGGAAGGUCCCAAACUUAAUGGAGUACAUGAUGGAUACAGUUCUGCGGUUACUUUUCUUAAAGGCUCAAAGGACCAUCUGCAAAAAAAUGGUUAUGUUCAUCCUCUGAAUGGUGCCUUAAAACAAAACAAUGUUUCUUGUUUAAAAUCUACACACCAAGGAGCGGAGUUCAGGUGCCCUCAACCAAAAGCUGAAGAAAUGGGGACGUCUAGCUGCCCUUCUUCUGGUGGUCUUGCGUCGGACUUGACGGCAUCCAUAGCCAGCACCUCACUAGCACUCAGCCCAUCAAGGCCCACUCGUCAUGAGCGAAUCUCUGAUUCUUCCACGCUUUCAGAGCCGCCCUCAGCAACAAUCACAGCUAUUCAGGAAAAGCAAGUAGAUUCCGAACGGUCGCUUGACCAGGAUCAGAUUAGCCGAGUCAGACUGAACGGGAGUCACCAUAUCGCAUCUAAUGUCACCCUAACAGCCAGGCAGUCAGCACAGGGCUCAGAGACUGGGAUUAUCUCAGAGUUCUUCUCUCACUCACGGCUACAUCAUAUAUCUACGUGGCGGAAUGAGUUCUCCGAGUAUGUCAAUACCCUUCAGAGCAGGCGGCGGGCUGCCGGGGGGACCGUGUUCUCUGGAAAAGAUAAGCUGAAGAAGAUUAGAACUGACCACUGUGCAGGUACCUCAUUUAUGCCUGCUCCUCAGGUAUGUCAGUCCUGUAUUCUGCAUGUGGACAUGGACUGCUUCUUUGCGUCGGUGGGGAUUAGACAUCGCCCUGAACUUCAAGGGAAACCCGUGGCUGUGACGAGUAACCGUGGGCGUGGCCUUGUUGCUCAGCGUCCUGGUGCCAACCCCCAGCUGGAGUUCCAGUACUAUCAGAGGAAGCGGAACCAGCACAGAGCAGGAAGAACGGUUGAUGACAUUGAGCUUACCCCUUCUCCAGAGACUGAGGAGACUGGUAAUAAUAGAGUGGAGCAUGACCAGGCUGCUCUCUCUAUGGCAGAGAUUGCUUCCUGUAGCUAUGAGGCCAGACAGGCUGGUGUGAGAAACGGCAUGUUUUUCGGUCAGGCGAAGCAGCUGUGUCCUGAGCUGCAGUCAGUUCCCUAUGAUUUCCAUGCAUACAAAGAGGUGGCACUGGCAAUGUAUGAAACUCUGGCCAGUUAUACAUAUAACAUCGAGGCUCUGAGUUGUGAUGAGGCCUUACUGGAUGCCACAUCCCUCCUGGCAGAGCUGGGGGUCACCCCUGAUGAGCUGGCCACUGCCAUCCGUGCUGACGUGAGGGAGAAGACUGGCUGUUGUGCCUCCGUCGGCAUGAGCUCCAACAUCCUUUUGGCUAGGAUGGCAACCCGGAAAGCAAAACCAAAUGGCCAGUAUUUUCUCAGACCGGAGGAGGUGGAUGACUUUAUCAGAGACCAGCCUGUCACUAGCCUGCCUGGGGUGGGACGCUCUAUAAGCAGUAAGCUAGCCUCUCUUGGUGUGACUACUUGUGGGGACCUGCAGCAGUUGUCCAUAGUGCGCCUGCAAAAGGAGUUUGGCCCACGGACAGGACAAACUCUCUUCCGCUUCUGCAGAGGGCUGGAUGACCGGCCUGUACGCAGUGAGAAGGAAAGGAAGUCCGUGUCUGCUGAGAUGAACUACAACAUCCGCUUUAUAAACGUAGAGGAGGCAGAAACGUUUCUGACUAACCUGUCUAUGGAGGUACAGAAAAGAUUGCAGGGGGCAGGACUUAGAGGUCGCCGAAUUAACCUGAAAAUUAUGAUGCGCAAAGCAGGCGCUCCUGUGGAGCCUGCCAAGUAUGGAGGCCAUGGCAUCUGUGACAACCUGGCAAGGUCUGUGUUACUACCUCAUCCCACAGACUGCGGGCAGCUCAUAGCAGCUGAGGUCAUUAAGCUCUUCCGUGCCAUGAAGCUUGCUGUUACAGACAUGAGAGGAGUGGGACUGCAGGUGCAUCUGCUGGAGAGCUCACACUCGGACGCUGGCCCGUCUCGCUCUCGCACCAUCAGAGAAUUGUUCAAGCAUAGCAAAGAUGUUCAAAAAGCAGAUUUGUCUAGAAUGUCUUCCAAUCAAAAGGAGAUUUGUUCUCCUGCCACAACCUCCUGUACUUUUUCCGAUUCGAUGCCUGGUACAAGUAAGGGAGGACCUUCUGCCACACACUCACCCAGCCACUCUCGAGCGGACCUCAACCUCAGCAUAGAAGUGCCAUCUCCUUCUCAGGUGGAUCAUUCUGUGCUGGAUGCUUUACCUCCAGAGUUGCGAGAACAGGUGGAGCAAGCAUGGAACCACAAGCAGGUACCAGAUACCUCAUUUCACCCAGCCACACCCCAGCAAAACUUUAGUGUAGCACCCUCUGUGCUGCUCCACCUCCCUGACCAGCCUGGGCAAACGGGCAGCACGGGCAUCAUACUGGAACUUCCCGACUUCUCGCAGGUCGAUCCAGACGUUUUUGCAGCACUGCCCAGGGAAUUACAGGAGGAGCUACGCUCAGCUUACAGACGCAGAGAAAAUACUCAGGCUCAAGUAGUGGAGCAGAGGAACCCGCUCCUUCAACUGAAGCAGACUGUAGUUGGCAGGACAAAGCGGCGCUACAAGAGGAAAAAUGCCAGUCCCGCCAAGAAAGGAGCUAGUCCGUUAAAGAGACUCAUCCCAGGAAACAGUCCUGCAAAAUCCAGUCCCUCCAAAACUAUCCCACUCUUACUAAAAGACAAAGAAGCCCUCUCUGGCUUCAAGAUUGAAAAUGAACCGCCUUCGUCCUCUCUGAGCCAUCAAGCACCUGACGCGCUAUCCAGAUGCACUCCUCGCCCUUUCCCCACCCUAGCUGGGGCUUUUGAACUUGUCGAUGUCAGAGCCCUGCUGCGGGAGUGGGUUACUACCAUUUCAGAGCCUAUGGAAGAGGACAUUCUGCAGGUAGUAAAGUAUUGCACAGAGCUAGUAGAGGACAAAGACCUGGAGAAACUUGACCUGGUCAUUAAAUACAUGAAGAGGUUGAUGCAACAGUCAGUGGAGUCUGUGUGGAGCAUGGCCUUCGAUUUUAUACUGGACAACGUGCAGGUGGUGGUGCAACAGACCUAUGGCAGUACCCUGAAAAUAACAUAAGCAUUUGUGAGGUAUGUUCCUGCUUCUGACACUGUGACAGCUCGAACCUGCCCUCUCGCCAGGAGAUUAUAGAAGCAAGAUUCAACACUGGCGGCUGCUUCUCUGUAUCUCCCUGUUGCUGUUGUACGGCUGCACUCUUCUUUUGGAUCAGGCCUUUCUCUAAGGACACAAAGAAGGUGUCAUUGGGCUUAAAUAACGACUACAUUUUCAACAACAGAUUAUUUUUGUAGCAACAAGACAAGGAUUUUACAGCAGCAGCAGCAGUUUGAGACGCAUGUCUGAGUGCAGAAUGACACCGCGUUUUAGGCUGGUCGUAAUACGAUCUUCAAAAACUAUCCUGAUGUCAACAUGCCACUUCAGAGGAACUAUCUGAAUGUUUUGCCCUGGCUGCUCUGCUCUAUUUCACGAGUGCUAUACUAACACCAGGCAUAUAUGUGGCAAACAUGGUAGCAAAGUAAAGGGUGACUAAGGAUUUUUCCUCUAAAACAGGUCAAGCCUAAGGUUUGACAAAAACAAAACAAAAAACUAGCAUUUUGUAACUCUCAAGUGCCAGAUUUUGUAACUGUAUUAUGUAGAUAACUACAUGUAUGUAGAUGACAAUAUUUCUAAAUAUUCUUUUAUUUGUUUGUGUAUAUAAUGUUUACAACAUUUUGUCUUGUGUAAGAGAGAGAAAUGAAGAAUAAUAUAAUUGUAAUUAAUCAUUUGCCAAAGUCCUUUUCAGAUUCUCAGACCAUUUCAUCAUGUAUCUGUAUGAUAAGCCCAUAGACCAGCGUGGAGUUUUGGGUAGCCUAUAUAUAUAUAUAUAUAUAUAUAUAUAUAUAUAUA